CUACAAGUGCACAGUUAACAAGCUAGUCGAUCAGGGAGUCGAUCAUAAAAUGGGUUACCCCAGCAUCGCAUACCUUGUCUUUGUCGUCGUCAUUUUACCCUGGGUUGAAGGCCAGUUUCCCAGAGUCUGUACUGACCGGGACAGCCUGAGAGACAAGACAUGUUGUCCCGUCCCCAAAGGCUUCACCACACUAUGUGGCUGCGAUGGAGACAGAGGAAAGUGCCAGGAAGUGACCAUUCGUGAUUGGACAUUCAAGUACAGCCAUUACCGACCGUUCCAGAUGGAGGACGAGAGACACAACUGGCCGCGUGCUCUUUACAAUAAAGUCUGCAUAUCCAAUGCAAACUAUGCAGGUUACGAUUGCAGCAAAUGCGCAUUUGGUUACUAUGGCAAGAACUGCACGCAGAAGAAAAAUUUGAUACGAAGAAAUUUUCUGAACCUAACAGCCGAGGAGAAAGAUCGAUUCAUGAGAUACGUUAACAUGUCCAAGCACUAUGUAAGUGACUUCGUGGUUACGUCUACUUCUUACAAGAAGAUAAACAAAACCGUUAUGGAGGGUGGCGACCCAAAGUCCUACUUUUAUGAUGUCACUAACUAUGACCUGUUCACGUGGAUGCAUUACUAUGCGGCAAGUGACACCAUUUUACCUCAUGAUGUCACUGAAUCUGAUAUCGACUUCGCACACGAUGGUCAGGGAUUUCCCACAUGGCAUCGGUUGUACAUGUUGGCAUGGGAGAGAACCUUGCAGGAAAUUGGAGGAGAUGAAGAAUUUGCCCUUCCUUUCUGGGACUGGACUGGGAAUCCCACUCAAUGCGACCCUACAAUUUGCUCUGAAGAGCUCCUUGGUGUAACAAACCAAACUACUGGCAUCGUGAGGGACAAAUACUUGGAUAACUGGUACGUCCUUUGCACCAGCGAACAAACCAAUGCCCUAAAAAAGCCGUGUUACCCUAACAUAACAAGAGCUGGAUUGAAACGGGACACAGAUGAUGAGAAGGAGAAGAAAGUGAAGGAACAAGGAUAUACUAUGACAUUUCCAACACAAACAGAAGUUAACUUUGCGCUCCGUUUUGAAACCUUCGACUUCCCACCCUACAAUAAAGAGUCUAGCUGCAAUUUUAAAAACAUCUUAGAGGGUUAUGUUAGCACCAAAACUGGUUUUCGCCUUCCUAACGUCCACGGCUUGCACAACCAGGUCCACAUAGUUGUUGGAGGAGAAAUGGGGGACGUACCUUCAGCAUCAAACGACCCGAUCUUUCUUCUUCAUCACGCGUUUGUGGAUCGUAUUUAUGAAAAAUGGUUGCGGAAGUUUAAUAAGGAUGCGAAUGUGCUAUCUACUUACGAUGCACCCAUUGGUCACAACAGAGAUGACGUCAUUGUGCCUUUGUUUCCGGUUUACACUCACCAACAGAUGUUCAAGAAAUCUUUCGAGUUCGGUUAUGAUUACCAAGACGUCGAUGAAAAAGGCAGGUCUCCUGAUGACGAGAAAGAAGAUGAAUCAAAGUAUUUGGGAGAUUGUCCACAGCCUGACUGUUACCCUAACCUUCCUAAAUCUGGAGCGCCUGGAAAGCUAAUGUGUUGGUGGCUGAUGUCAGUCAUGUUAGUAUGGCAGCUAUUGUUGGCUGAUUGAAGACAGAAAGUGGAGAGAAUUAGCCUGCUUUAGGCUCUUUAGGAAGUGGAGAUGCGUGAAAUAGA